UCUGCCAAAAGAUGCUUUGUGUAUUUUCUCGGUUUCUUCAUGUUAAAAGUCACUUGUUUGGUUCUAGAAGGGCCAAGCCCUGUAGAGCUGUUCUCUCUUGUACAAACCACUUUCUGCUUUGCUAAAUGUAUAUUUUUUCAUAAGUAUGUCCCCCUGAAUUGUGAAGAAAUUUCUUAUUGAGAAAUGAACUUAAAGUUGCAGCCUUGAAAUCUGAGAUCUUCAGAAUUGACUAAUGUUCCCCUUUCUUUCCUGCUUAGCUGUUUUCUCUCUUUCCCACAGGCCUCGCCCCCAGCUUCUUCGUCCCAUCAGUUCUUCCACCUUUUAAAAAGAGGAGAUCUCUCUCUCUCUGCUGCCCACCCAGAGAGAAACGCCAAGGCACCAGGAAAUCAUGUCAUGUAAAAGAAAAGUGGACUCCGAGUGCAGAGUUUUCAACGAACAGUGGACAUACGACUACUUUUUCACCCAAUACAAAGAAAGAGGCGUUUGUCUUAUUUGCCACGACACGGUGUCUGUCUUCAAGCAAUUCAAUAUCCAACGACACUACAAUAAUCACCACAAGGAUAGAUAUUCUUCUUUGACAGGACAAUUAAGAAAAGAUGAAAUAGCAAGACUGAAAACUGCCUUGACAGCUCAACAAAAUGUGUUUGUGAAGCGGAAGCAGGAGAACAUUUCGUCUUUGCGAGCAAGUUUUCAGAUUUCCAGGCUUAUAGCCCGCAAUGGAAAACCCUUUGUAGAGGGAGAAUUUGUUAAAGAAUGUAUUCUUACAGCUUCCAAAGAGAUGUGUCCGGAGAAGACUGACUUGUUUUCCACAUUGAGUCUUUCUGGAAGCACAGUGACUCGUAGGAUUGAAGAAAUGGGGGGAAAUUUGCAUGAACUUUUGCAAAAUUCCUCAGAAAAGCUUCGUUACUUCUCGCUGGCACUGGACGAAAGCACAGAUAUCCAUGAUUCUGCGCAACUCCUAAUUUUCAUCCGUGGAACAAAUGAAAAGUUUGAAUUCACAGAAGAGCUUGCUGCACUGCAAAGCAUCAAGGGAACAACGACUGGAGAGGAUAUCUUUGCAAAAGUUCAGCAAACUAUCCAUGAUUUGAAGUUGGACUCGGCUAAACUUGCCAGUAUCACAACAGAUGGUGCUCCUAGCAUGGUGGGGCGUACAAGAGGAGUGGUUGCACGCAUCAACCAAGAGAUGGACAGACACAAUCAGCCACAUCCAAUAGCAAUACACUGCCUUAUCCACCAACAAGUGCUGUGUUGCAAAAGAUCGCUGAAGUUGGACGCAGUCAUGAAAACUGUGGUGUCUUGUGUGAACUUCAUUAGAGCUCAUGCACUUAACCACAGGCAGUUUCAAGAAUUUCUGUCAGAGUUAAAUGUUGAGCAUGAAGAUCUACCAUACCACACAGAGGUCCGUUGGCUGAGUCGAGGAAGAGUUUUAAAACGUUUCUAUGAAUUACUUCCUCAAGUUUAUGAUUUUAUGCUGAUGAAAGACAGAGAAGUGCCAGAGCUCCAAGAUGAUGAAUGGAAAUGGCUGCUUGCCUUUCUGACUGACAUAACCGAGCUACUGAACAGUUUCAAUAUUCAAUUGCAAGGAAAGGGGAAGCUCAUUGGUGAAAUGUUUGCACAUGUGAAAGCGUUCCAAGGGAAAUUAGACUUAAUCGUUAGACAUGUGAAGGAGAAAAACUUUUGCCAUCUCCGCACAACUCAAAACCGGUCAUUGGGAAAUCCAACAGUUCCAUUCCCAAAAGAAGCAUGUGUGGAUUUACUGGAGAGUCUGCAAAAGGAGUUCCAAACAAGAUUUAAGGAGCUUCACAUCCAUGAAAAGGACAUACAUCUUUUCCGAAACCCUUUUUGUGUGGACAUUGACACUGCAGAUCCCAUUCACCAAAUGGAAUUGAUUGAACUGCAAAUUGUGACGCUUUGAAAGACGCAUUCAAGACAAGCAGCCUUGCAGAUUUCUACGCAUCUCUCCCCUCAGAGACAUAUCCAAACCUCAGAAACCAUGCACUCAGAUUUGCAACGGUCUUUGGCAGCACAUAUGUCUGCGAGCAAACUUUCUCUAGGAUGAAACAUCUGAAAUCUCCAACGAGAUCAAGACUAACAGAUGAACACUUACAUCACUUGCUAAGACUAGCAGUGACCAAUAUGGAACCAGAUAUAGACCAUCUCAUCAGCCAAAAGCAGGCCCAUUCUUCCCAUUCUUCCCAUUGAAGUUUUUGUUGAUUACAAUCAUUCUUUAAUUUAAAUAUUGUAUGGUGUUGUUUUAUUUAAAAUAUUAUUUUGUGUUGAUUAAAAUCAUUAUUUUAAAUUUAAAUAUUGUAUUGUUUUCCUGUUUUUUGUGCACCAAAUGCAAUAUGUUCAAUGUGCAUAGGAUUUCGGCUCCCCCCCACCCCAAAAAAAUAUAGUCCGGCCCAGCGAAGGGUCUGAGGGCGGUGGACCGGCCCCCGGCUAAAAAGGUUUGGGGACCCCUGGUCUAGAGGGGUUGGGAGCUGGGGGCACUGUCAUACAGUGGUUCCGCUCCUUCCUCCUGGGCCGUGAUCAGAAAGUGGUGGUGGGGGAUGAGUGUUCGGACCCCUGGGCUCUCACUUGUGGGGUGCCUCAGGGCUCUGUCCUCUCCCCCAAGCUUUUUAACAUCUACAUGCAGCCGCUGGGAGAGAUCAUCAGGGGGGUUGGGCUGGGUGUCCAUCAGUAUGAGGUUGAUACCCAGCUCUACCUCUCUUUCAAAUCAGAACCAGUGAAGGCGGUGAAGGUCCUGUGUGAGUGUCUGGAGGCGGUUGGAGGAUGGAUGGCGGCUAACAGAUUGAGGUUGAAUCCUGACAAGACAGAAGUACUGUUUGUGGGGGACAGGAGGGGGGCAGGUGUGGAGGACUCCCUGGUCCUGAAUGGGGUAACUGUGCCCCUGAAGGACCAGGUGCGCAGCCUGGGAGUCAUUCUGGACUCACAGCUGUCCAUGGAGGCGCAGGUUAAUUCUGUGUCCAGGGCAGCUGUCUACCAGCUCCAUCUGGUACGCAGGCUGAGACCCUACUUGCCCACGGACAGUCUUGCGAGAGUGAAGCAUGCUCUGAUUAUCUCCCUCUUGGACUACUGCAAUGUGCUCUACGUGAGGUGAAGGUGACCUGGAAACUGCAAUUAAUCCAGAAUGUGGCAGCUAGACUGGUGACUGGGAGUGGCCGCCGGGCCAUAUAACACCAGUCUUGAAAGACCUACAUUGGCUCCGAGCACAAUUCAAAGUGUUGGUGCUGACCUUUAAAGCCCUAAAUGGCCUUGGUCCUGUAUACUUGAAGGAGCGUCUCCACCCCCAUCCUUCAGCCUGGAAACUGAUAUCCAGCUCCAAGGGGCUUCUGGCAGUUCCCUCAUUGCGAGAAGUGAGGUCACAGGGAACCAGACAGAGGGCUUUCUUAGUAGUGGUGCCCUCCCUGUGAAACACCCUCCCAUCAGAUGUUGAGGAAAUAAGCAGCUAUACUAUUUUUAAAAGACAUCUGAAGGCAGCCCUGUUUAGGGAAGUUUUUGAUAUUUAAAUGCUGUAUUGUUUUUAACACUUGAUUGGGAGCCACCCAGAGUGGCUGGGGAAACUCAGCCAGAUAGGUGAGGUAUGAAUUAAUAAUAAUAAUAAUAAUAAUAAUAAUAAUAAUUUAUUAUAUUUACAUUUCCCAUAAUUACCGGUAAUGCAUUCUGUAUAAAUUCUGCUAAAAUGAUUCAUUUAUAGGUCUUUCCCGCUUUCUAUGGGGCUAGGACAUCUUUUCCCAAUGGAAGGGCAGAACUUUUUUCUCCUCCUAUCCUCCCUGUAGGGGGUCAAGGCAAACCCUUAAGCAUUGGAAAAUCCAGCCUGAUUUUACUAUAAUUUAUUAAAUUUAUAUACUCCCUAUACCCACAGGCCUCAGGAUGGUUCACAGGAUAAAAUUACAAUAUAAAAACUCAAAGUACAUAAUCACAACCCAAUAACAUCCCCCCCAACACACACAUUUUAACUUGUGUUUCAA